AUGCUCAAACCCCCCGUCGGAGAUCUGCGAUUUGAGGGCCCCCAAAGCUUCAACACUACAUGGCAAGGCGCUCGAUUUGCGGUCCAGUAUUCGGAUGUGUGCAUGAAAUAUGCAAACCCCGGCUAUCCCAUGUCAGAAGACUGUUUGUCGUUGAACAUCAUCCGCCCAACCAGCGCCAAUGCCUCUGGGAGAAUACCAGUAGCAGUCUGGAUUCACGGCGGCUCGUCGCGCCAUACAAACCUCGCUAUCUUUGUCUCUCAAGGCACAGGAUCAGGGAACCCCUUCAUCGCCGUAUCCAUUAAUAACCGCCUCAACUCACUCGGCCUUUUCUGA